UCCAGCCCCGGCGGCGACGCGCGUAGAUGGCAGCGGCAGCGGCGGAGCGGGCCGGGGAGACCAGUGGGGGCCGCCAUGCAGCACUACGGGGUGAACGGCUACUCACUGCACGCCAUGAACUCGCUCAGCGCCAUGUACAACCUGCACCAGCAGGCCGCCCAGCAGGCCCAGCACGCCCCCGACUACCGGCCGUCCGUGCACGCGCUUACACUGGCCGAGCGGCUGGCUGACAUCAUCUUGGAGGCCCGCUAUGGUUCCCAGCACCGCAAACAACGCCGCAGCCGCACGGCGUUCACGGCCCAGCAGCUCGAGGCCCUGGAAAAGACCUUCCAGAAGACUCACUACCCGGACGUGGUGAUGCGUGAGAGGCUGGCUAUGUGCACCAACCUGCCCGAGGCCCGGGUACAGGUGUGGUUCAAGAACCGCAGGGCCAAGUUCCGGAAGAAGCAGCGGAGCCUGCAGAAAGAGCAGCUCCAGAAGCAGAAGGACGCUGAGGGCUCCCACGGGGAAGGCAAGACAGAGGCCCCGACCCCAGACCCGCAGCUGGAGGCCGAGCAGCCCCCUGGUCUGCCUGGCGGCGAGCCCCCUGCAGAGCUGCACCUGAGCCUGUCCGAGCAGUCGGCCAGUGAGUCAGCCCCAGAGGACCAGCUGGACCGGGAGGAGGAACCCCGCGCAGCGGCCGAGGAUCCCAAAACUGAGAAGAGCCCUGGGGCUGACAGCAAGGGCCUGGGAUGCAAGAGGGGCAGCCCCAAGGCAGAUUCCCCAGGCGGCCUGGCCAUCGCUCCUGCAGCCCCGGGGGGCGGCCUCCUGGGCCCCUCGCACUCCUACUCCUCGUCCCCGCUGAGCCUCUUCCGCCUGCAGGAGCAGUUCCGCCAGCACAUGGCCGCCACCAACAACCUGGUGCACUACUCGUCCUUCGAGGUGGGGGGCCCCGCCCCCGCGGCAGCCGCCGCCGCCGCCGCCGUGCCCUACCUGGGCGUCAACAUGGCCCCGCUGAGCUCGCUGCACUGCCAGUCUUACUACCAGUCGCUGUCAGCAGCUGCCGCUGCCCACCAGGGCGUGUGGGGGUCCCCGCUGCUGCCUGCGCCCCCUGCAGGCCUGGCGCCCGCCUCGGCAGCCCUGAACAGUAAAACCACGAGCAUCGAAAACCUGCGGCUCCGGGCCAAGCAGCAUGCUGCCUCCCUGGGACUCGAUACGCUGCCCAACUGACUGUCUGGCCGCCAACCCAGCCUUGGGUGCCCCCCUCCCAGCCCCGUGAUUAUCCCCAGAGGGCUCUCAGGGAGUUGACUGUGGGAGCCCAGGGGUCCUGGGGCCCGGAGUCCUGCACCCUGACCCCCGUGCCCAGAAAUUCAGCCCGAGGUGAGACCCACACACCCUCUGCAUGGCCCUGCCUGGACCCCGUGGAGGCUGCCGGGGAGGAGAUGAGAGGCUGGGGCGCCCCUGGCUUUCCUCCGGGAGCUCAAAGCUCUCCCUGGCUAGAACCCCCACCUCGGAACUGCCCCCUCACCCCUCCCUCCGUGCUCUCCCCUAGUAAGUGGAUGUGUGGAAUGUGAGAUAUAAAUAUAAAUAUAUAAAGCUAUAUUUUCAGGCACCUGCCUGCCCCAGGCCCCCUCUCCCGCUCCGGCUCCCGGCUUCUCCACCACCACCUUGGCUGUGGCCGCGGCUCUGCAGCAGGCUCUGCCCUUCCCUCCCUCCUCCCUCCCUGUCUUGGUCUCCUCUCCUUCCUCCCCUCCUUCCCUUCUGCCUGCUAGUCCCUGCCCAGCCUGCAGCCUCCCCACCCUGAUCUUUCUCCCACGUCUCUGCCCCCUGCCCUUGGUUUCUCCUUUGGUGUUGGCUGUGUUUGUGUCUCCAGCCCCCAAGCUCCGUUUUGAUGGGGGUUGUGGCUUUUUUGGUUGAGGUAACUGCUUCUUCCUGCCCUCCCCCGGCCUCUGCUUCUUCCUUACCUGUCUCCUCCCCGACCAUCACCCUCUCUGGGUUUGGUCCCUGUGGAAGUGAGGGCUCUGUGCAGUGGUCAUUGGCACAGAAAGGUGUGCUUCUGUGUAUGGCCAGGAAACCCAGCUCAGUAACCUCCCUUUCAAAGCUGUGUGACCCUGGGCAAGCCUGUAGCCUCUCUGGGCCAAUUUCUCCCUUUGAAUGAAAUGCCCUGUAAGGUCCAGCCCAGCGCUAACAUCCUGCAUUUGUGCUUGCAACCUUGCCAGACAGAAGUUUUUAGUUAAACUAACAAACAAGGUUCUCAGUGAGGAUUGUACACAGAAGACUUGCCAUGGGUGCUGCCUCAGUUUCCCAGUAAGUGCAAUGGGUCCCUUCCAGUUCAGACAAUCUGGAUUUGAUCCUGCUUUUCUUGAAUUCCAGUGCCAGCCCAUGGGGUCACCCCAUUUCCAUACCUUUGUGUGGCCUCAGAGACUUUGGGCACAGGGAAGGGAGUGGCUUGGGCAGACUCCUGGUCAUGAUGCUCACCACCGAGCCCCUCGCUCCUGCUUAGAGAAGCUGAACUGAAAACCAGGAUGAAGAUUCCCACGCAGGCCCACCUCCCAGCAGGUGCCCAGGUAGCCUGGCUUGUAGAGCAGUCAAUGCCCAUCGCCCCGGGGCAUCAGGUUGAGGCUGGGGCAGGCGGAGAAGGCUCUGGACAAGGAACAAGGGAGGGAGAUGGUGGCCUCAGCCAAGAAAACCAUUACACAAAGCACUAACGUCAGACAGGGGAAGCUGGCUUCCAGGGGGCCAGAAUGCAGGCGCAAGAGCUCACCGCUAGGGGGCGAGCACCAAGGUUUCUGAACAGAAGGUGUCUGGCUGGGAUCUGCAGUUAGGAAGGGAUGUCCAGCAUCAGAGGAGAGACACAGGGGUGGGAGGUUGGCAAAGACUCCAGAGAGACAGAAGCGGCUUGGGGCUGGGGCCCACGGCCCAUCAACUGUCCUUUGGGGUCAGCUCUGCAAGCUCUGUUUCUAAAAUGGAAAAGUCUCCUCUGGACUACGCAAUGCGGCUGAGCAUUUGCCUGUCCCUGGGUGCGAGUGACUCACUAGACCUUAAAAUUCAACGGUCCUAGACAUCAUCACCUCCUCCAGGAAGUCUUCCUUGACCUCCUAAGUCCACCCUGGAGCCAUGUUCUGGCACGGCAGGAGCCAGGCCUACCUGAGGCUCACCCAGCUGUCCCCGGAUCUUUAACAUUCCUCCUAUUGGUUUCACUGCAAUCCACAAGGCAUGAGAAGGCAGGGAAGGUAAGAGUGGCUCCUGCCCCUGGACCGAUCCCAGGCUAGCUCAUGGCACCAGCCUCUGCUGCUGGAAGCACUAGAGAGCAAGGGGAGGGCACGCUUGUUGGUAGCACGGUGUGUGUCCUAGCAGGGUCUGGGGUCACAGGCUUGAGUGUGCCCCCACCCCCGCCACUGAAGCUGGAGCCCCUCCCUGCCUGCGGGCCACCCCAGGCUCCAGCUGUCCCUUCCUCCUGCCUCACCUCUCUCUCCAACUUGCAGCCUCCCUGCCUCUGCUUCCUCACCCCUCCCAGAGCAUGGCUGGGGGCCUGGGCGCCCUCCUCCAUUCCCGGGCUGGCGGGCUAUACGGACUGCUUUCCAAGCCAGCUGUUUUGUGACCGUUUGUGCUUAGAGGUCGUGCCAGCCUGUGGUGGAACCACUGUGUGCUGUAUUUAUUUAUUCUGUUAGUUGAAAUAACCAGACUCGCGGUGCCCCCUCCUGCCCCGCCCCGGCGUGGUGCAGCAUGACACGCCGUACGUGUAUCUGUCCGUCCGUUGGUCUUACUUUCUGUGACGUCGUGACCUGUUCUCUGUCCUACUUGGCUAAUAAAAAGGAA